AUGUCGGUGACGCCGGAGCAGAGCUCAGUAUUGGUGGCGCCUGAGCAGAGCGCGGUGUCGGUGGCGCCGGAGCAGAGCGUAGUGUCGGUGGCGCCUGAGCAGAGCGUAGUGUCGGUGGCGCCUGAGCAGAGCGUGGUGUCGGUGGCGCCUGAGCAGAGCGUGGUGUCGGUGGCGCCGGAGCAGAGCGUGGUGUCGGUGGCGCCGGAGCAGAGCGUGGUGUCGGUGGCGCCGGAGCAAAGCGUGGUGUCGGUGGCGCCUGAGCAGAGCGUGGUGUCGGUGGCGCCUGAGCAGAGCGUGGUGUCGGUGGCGCCGGAGCAGAGCGUGGUGUCGGUGGCGCCGGAGCAGAGUGUGGUGUCGGUGGCGCCUGAGCAGAGCGUGGUGUCGAGCGUGGUGUCGGUGGCGCCGGAGCAGAGCGUGGUGUCGGUGGCGCCGGAGCAGAGCGUGGUGUCGGUGGCGCCGGAGCAGAGCGAGGUGUCGGUGGCGCCGGAGCAGAGCGUGGUGUCGGUGGCGCCUGAGCAGAGCGUGGUGUCGGUGGCGCCUGAGCAGAGCGUGGUGUCGGUGGCGCCGGAGCAGAGCGUGGUGUCGGUGGCGCCGGAGCAGAGUGUGGUGUCGGUGGCGCCGGAGCAGAGCGUGGUGUCGGUGGCGCCGGAGCAGAGUGUGGUGUCGGUGGCGCCGGAGCAGAGCGCGGUGGUCUCUGACAAAGGGAAACGAACGAAACAAGGACCCAUAACCUGUCGGUAUUACAAAUGUGGCACCUGUAAGCAUAGGAUGUCGGGAAGAACGAAUGGAACAUGUAAGUACGAUCACCCUAGAAAGUGCAGAAACCUACUUAGUACGGAGAAAGAGGAGAAGAAUGGCUAA